GGGAGGCGCCACGGCCUCGCAGACGCAGGCGCCGGCAGCCGGAGAGAAAGUUCCCGGGGAGAGCUCGCCCCCGGGAGGGCUGACGUCGAGGCCCUUGGAGCCGCGAGGGUCGCAGGUCCCGUGGGGGCCAGCCUGCCUUCUCCCCGCGCGCGCCGGGCCGCCCGGGCUUGGGUCGCCGGGAAGCAGGGGAGCGGUGCUGUUGGGCGGCCGCCGCCAAACUUGGAGGGGGAGAAUGCAGCGAGUGGGAGCGGUGGCUCGGGGCGUGGGGGCGCACUGAGUGCUCCCCGCGGGCGCCCCCGGAAACUGCUGCCAGGGCUGCGGACGGACGAGCGCGCAGAGGCUGAGCGGGCAGGUAGCGGCUCCGGCGCCGGGACUGCGCCAGCCCUCCGAGCCAGGGCCGCCAGCGCCGCCAGCGCCACCGUGCCGGCGUUGCCUCCUCACCCCGGAGCCAUGGUGCGCGGAGCGCGCGCAUCGCGCGCGGGACUCUGAGCUCCGGCUGUGCCGUACGCCCCCACGUCCCUUCCCCGGGCCUUUCCCUGCCGACCUUGCCCGCGGGCCAUGAAGCUUUGGCCGGGAGCCUCUCGCCUCUGAGCGUCGCGUCGCCCGCUCCAGUCCCAGCGCCCCUCCGCCGCAGCUAGCACUCCGGCCGCCGAAGCUCCCCAUCCUCUCCCAGGGACAGCGCCCAGGCGCUCCAGGAUGGCCCUCCGCGGGGCGCUCCGGCCGCGCAAAGUUCGCAGGAGGCGAGAGAUGCUGCCGCAGCAAGUUGGCUUCGUGUGCGCGGUGCUGGCCCUGGUGUGCUGUGCGUCCGGCCUCCUUGGCAGCUUGGGGCAUAAAACAGCUUCUGCUAGCCAACGGGUUCUACCAGACACAUGGAGAAGUAGAAAGCUGAUGGCACCUGUGAAUGGGACUCAGACAGCAAAGAAUUGCACAGAUCCUGCAAUUCACGAGUUCCCCACAGACCUAUUCUCCAACAAGGAGCGACAACACGGAGCCGUCCUGCUGCAUAUCCUCGGUGCUCUGUACAUGUUCUAUGCCUUGGCCAUAGUCUGUGAUGACUUUUUUGUUCCGUCUCUGGAGAAGAUCUGCGAGAAGCUCCAUCUGAGUGAAGAUGUGGCGGGAGCCACUUUCAUGGCCGCAGGAAGCUCGACGCCUGAGCUGUUUGCCUCUGUUAUUGGCGUGUUCAUCACCCAUGGAGACGUUGGCGUUGGGACCAUCGUGGGCUCUGCGGUGUUCAACAUCCUGUGUAUAAUCGGCGUUUGUGGAUUAUUCGCGGGGCAGGUGGUCCGUCUGACGUGGUGGGCUGUGUGCCGAGACUCCGUGUACUACACUCUCUCUGUCAUCGUGCUCAUUGCUUUCAUAUACGAUGAAGAAAUUGUGUGGUGGGAAGGCCUGGUUCUCAUCAUCUUGUACGCGUUUUACAUUCUGAUCAUGAAGUACAAUGUGAAGAUGCAGGCCUUUUUCACCAUCAAACAAAAGACCAUUGCCAAUGGCAAUACUGUCAACAGCGAGCUGGAGGAUGGUAAUGAUUAUUGCGAUAGUAGCUCUGACGAUCCCUCCAUGCCGUUGCUGGGGCGAGUGAAGGAGGAGCCUCAGUACAGCAAAAACCCAGUGGUGAUGGUGGACGAGGUCAUGAGCUCCAGUCCUCCCAAGUUCAGCUUCCCGGAGGCAGGCUUACGCAUCAUGAUCACCAACAAGUUUGGGCCCAGGACCCGACUGCGGAUGGCCAGCAGGAUCAUAAUUAAUGAGCGGCAGAGACUGAUCAACUCAGCAAACGGUGCCAAUAGCAAGCCACUUCAGAAUGGGAGACACGAAAACAUUGAAAAUGGGAAUGUUCCCGUGGAAAACCCCAGCGACCCGCCGCGGGAACAGGAGCCGCAGCCCCCACCGCCACCGCCUCCUCCAGAGCCGGAGCCAAUUGAGUCUGCCUUCCUGUCCCCCUUCUCCAUGCCCGAGGCAAGAGGGGACAAGGCCAAGUGGGUAUUUACCUGGCCACUCAUCUUCCUCCUGUGCGUCACCAUCCCCAACUGCAGCAAGCCCCGCUGGGAGAAGUACUUCAUGGUCACCUUCAUCACGGCCACAUUGUGGAUCGCUGUCUUCUCCUACCUGAUGGUGUGGUUGGUGACUAUUAUUGGAUACACACUUGGGAUCCCGGAUGUCAUCAUGGGCAUUACUUUCCUGGCAGCGGGCACGAGUGUUCCAGACUGCAUGGCCAGCUUAAUUGUGGCAAGACAAGGCCUUGGUGACAUGGCAGUCUCAAACACCAUAGGAAGCAACGUGUUUGACAUCCUAGUGGGACUCGGCAUACCGUGGGGCCUGCAGACCAUGGUCAUUAACUAUGGGUCCACGGUGAAGAUCAACAGCCGGGGUCUGGUCUAUUCCGUGGUGCUGUUGCUGGGCUCUGUGGCUCUCACAGUCCUCGGCAUCCACCUCAACAAGUGGAGACUGGACCGGAAGCUGGGCAUCUGCGUGCUGGCCCUCUAUGCCGUCUUCUUGUGCUUCUCCAUAAUGAUAGAAUUCAACGUCUUCACCUUUGUCAACUUGCCCAUGUGCCGAGAAGAUGAUUAAAGGCACUGCCCCUCCAAUCCCCUGCCCCGGGAGCUGUUCUGGACUCUGGCACCGGUGUCCCUGCUCUCUCCCUGUCCCCUACCGCGAACCUCUCCUGCCUCGGUGGUCGCUGUCUGUUCUGCCACAUGCUGGAAGGAAGAGCCGUCGUGGUCUUUGUCCAGGCACGAGCAAGGCCACUGGGUGUCCUUCUCCUCCUCCUCGGAGUUCUGCCCUCUGCAAAUGAGGCAAGAUCCAGGGGGCACCGUCCGGGCCACCUGACAGACCCCUGAGCGGGCAGCCACAGGGAUGUGGCGUGUGCCUCGCCUCUCUCAGACACUUUAGUGAGGACUUCUGUGUGCAAUGUGUCUUCCUGUCGCCAGGUGGCCUCGGAAGUGAGGCGGCCGGGAGAACGUGAGGUCCCUGGGGGCCAGUGCAAAACAGAAAUGUCACUCUCCAGUGUCACCUCUGGGCCAGAGGGAGUGAGUCCCUCCGGCCUCAUAUGCUCCUCAGGCCCUCUGACCUCAGCUGGAAACACUCACAGUUUGGAGGGGUCAGGGCCUUACCCUGCUGAGGGUUUUGGGGGGCCCCCUAAGGACAAACAUUCUGCCCCUUUCUCUGGAAAACUCGGAAGCAUGGAAAGAGCGUCUCACAGCCAGAAGGAGGAAACACGCGUGAAUUUUUCUUAUCACUUGUAUUGAGGCGUUCAGAGACUGAGCAACGAAAUAUUAAAAAUAAAAUGUCCUAUAGAUCAUCAUACUUGAAAAAAAAAUCGCAUUCCAUACAAAAAGGUCAUGCUUGGGACCAAAAAGGUAACCAUUCAUGGAAAAAACGAACCCUAUGUAUAUCGUGUUGCACUGACACUGAGACGUUUGGUUUGGAAUGUAGAAAAGCGUGAAAGACUAACAUCGAUCUGGGUGCUAAUUCAGAGACACAGCAGAGAUGCUUGCCUGGACCCAUACAUUCCAGACCUUCCGUGUGAUGCGGCGCGACGUCCGUGUGGGGUUUUCGUUCCUUUGUUAAAUGCUCUCCUCUCAUAAGCUACCCUGUUGCAAGAGUCGAUUGUCUCUGUGCCCAGCAAAUUUCAUAGCCUGCUGAGCUGGAACGAGCAUGCCACACGUAAUAGGUAAGAGCAAGAAGAGAGAUUGCCUAAAAAACAAAGAAUCGCCCUCAGUUCCCGGAGGCAAGUAUGAAAACCAUAACUUGGCAUUUUUUAGGGCUGGGUUUCUUGAGUUGGCUGCCUGUGAAGGGCCAAGGAUGGGAGGCGGAGUCACGAAGAGAUAGAAAAAAUAUUAAACAGUUCUCACCUGCUUCGUAGCUCUCAGAUCUAUAUUAAAAAGAUUUAUGAACACAAACCAUUCGUGGUUUCUGAAAAGAAAGCACAAUUCAUUUUAUAUAGAGGGUUUUUUUCUUAUUUUUUUAAUAUUUCUAUUGCAAAAGUCUAUCGGAGUUGAUGCACUUUUAAUAAGGGGGUAUUUUGCACAAUGUUUGGGAACUGCCCCGGACAGGGUGAGGAAAGAAGGUUUUUAGCGAUUCACCAAGGAUCAGUCGUGAGUGAUGAGCUGAAGAUGCAAUAGGUAAUUCCUUCCCGAAACCCAAAGGUUGUGACCUGAGGUGGAAUUUGUUGCUGUGCCUGCUAAGGCCUCCUGAAUUUCAGAAGGAGGAAGUGCUCACGUCUGUGUCCUUUCAGUGAGCACAGCCUAAGACGGGAGGGAACUCGGUCACCAGGCUUCUGUUCUGGAUUCUAUCAGUGUUAGUAGCUACACCGUACUAAAGCUCCUCUAUUGUGUCUCUACCUAGAUCGGGCUCAGUGGUCUUCAAGUUGAGGCUGAAGGUGAUUUUCCUAAGAAAUUAGCUCAGUGGGAGGCCAGGGAGUCAGUGGGAUCAUUGGUAUAAACUUGACAUGGCCAGAACUGCCCUUUGAUGUAAGGAGGGAUGAUUCUCCCCGCUUGGGAGAGGUCACAUGACUCUAGGUCAAUUCUCAGUAAGUAGCAGACCAGGAGCCAAGCUCCCAGGCAUCACCCCUCCCUGGGCAGCCAGUGGGUUGGCCAUCCUUGGUGGGGGGCAGGUAGAGACAUAGCCUUGCCCUUGUGCUCAGUUCUCAUUGUUUAAGUUAAAACUUCAGCAAAUAUUUAAUUGACUCCUGGUGGCCCAGCAUAGAUCCUAAUAGCUGUCCCUCUCCAGUGUCCCUGUUUUUUUUCCUGAUAAAGACGAAAAGAUAUUUUUAACUACAAGGCACAGGCCACGUGGACCCUGAUGAUGUCUGUGCUGGUGUUCACGUCUCUGAAUCCUUGUGUGGCUUUCAGAAAAGCAUCCUAAUUACCUGCCUCUUCCUUCAGUAGGGUCCCUUUGAGAUGACACAGUAUCCUACAGUUGCAGUUUGAGAGUUCAAAAAAAAUAGUGUUUCUAGGACCUAGAGCACUCCUGCUGGCGAAAUUCUCUUUUGACUCUAAUGUGCCAAUGUAACUUCCUUAAAGGAUCUAUGUAUUUAUUGUAUCUAGGAAACUAUAUGUAGACUGUAGGUGAAUAAUUCCCUUUUUUAACUAAAUAUUUUUCCAUCACAAGUUUAAAGAAUUGCUUAAUUAAUUAGGCCUUCAUUUUCAAAUAAUAUUUUUAUCACUAUGCAGGAUUACAUCCUUUAUUUUAUUCCCGAAGCUAAUUAGCAUGAGGUAAUGACUCUGCUUCAAAAAAAAAAAAAGGCAAUAAAAAAAAAAAUAAAUUUAGCUCUUCUCCUUGGGAGCAGAAAAAAAAAAAAUGAACCAUGGUACUGAGAUGGAAAAUGCAUGUAGAAUCAAUAGCAGGUGGUUCCUGCCCUUUUCUAGUCUGAAAUUUGCCCUUACCAGCUCAAGCAGGGACAGGAUUGUUAGGUGUGCAGUGUCUAAAAGCCUGGCCCUGGAGGAAGGUUCUGGGUUAGCUGGUGGGAAGACUCAUGGUGAAGGGCACGACAAGCAGGACAGGGCAGAGUCAUUAUCCUUCCCAGAACCUGCUAGUCUCUGAAUCUCACCCAUGUGCACAGACCUCGCUGCUCAUUGCCUGCGCCCCCCCACACACCUGUUAGGGCUACGUCUUUGUUCUUCCUGUCAAUCCCCUGCUCUUACAGACCCAAGCAGUUGAGAAGGCAGAACCCCCCUAGAGCCGGGUUAAACCAGGUGGCUGGCAUGCACGUCACUCUAGGGCAGUCCUGCGGACCCCAACCAAAGACCCCCUCCUGGGCUGCCCAGCAGUCUAGGUCCCCAAGAAAGAAACUGACCCUUCUCUUCCCUUUUGAUGAGGAUUGCAAGCCUGACCACAUCAGCUGGAGCCCAGCCCUCAGGGAAUGCCGGACUCCAUACACGGGCUGGGAAUCUGGGAAGAGUGAGGGUGGCUGCUUGCCUGCUGCCCUUCCGUCCUCCUAGCAUUUCUCCUGCCGGAGUCCUAGGGCCCCACCCUCUCCUUAAGGUGGGGGUGGACAGAGGUGAGAUGGGUGAGAUGGCCUGGGGGAGGGUCAGUUCUGCACCACCACCACCCCCCGUUACAGAUCUCUGGGUGUCUUUCUCCCCUUGGGACAGUUAGCAGAUGUGUCCAGGGCACCUGAGAGGGAUCACAUCUUGGCAGAUUUGUGGCCACGUUGUGCUCAUAGAAACUUCCAGAAAUUUCUGAAAAUGCUCUUUGGGCAUCUCUUGGGUGGCAGAAAAUCCAUCAUUCCCCACCACCACCACCACCACAUGCACCCAAAAUGCUGCCUCCCUGACCCCACCCUCUCUAUGUGGGUUCAUCCAGAGUGGCUGGGCCCUCACCCCCACCAGGUGUGGACAAGUGCUGCCCAGCUCUUCUGGUGGCUGCAGCUGAUCACCUGGCAAGGCUCCCUUCAGACCUUCUGAAAGCACAGAGAAGGGGCCCCUCCAGCACUGGUGAGCCUUUCCCACUGCACCAGUCAUGUGGGCAGAACAAGACGGUCUUUCCGUGGACCCAUCCCUACAAGGCAGAACGCUCUAGAAAACGUUCCCCAAAGGGCACAGACCACAGGGGCAUGGAGUUUUCAAAGACAUUUAGAUUGCUGUAUUUGCUUCUUAAUGAGGAAUCUCAGGCUGGGAGACUAGCUUUGUGUCAGGCCAUCCCUCAAGCCUGGGAGCCGUCGGGAGAACAUCCAGCCUGUUACAAUGCUGCCUAACACUGAGGAAGCAGGUGUCGGCAUAAAAUCAGGAGAACAGGGGCUUUUCUCCCAUUCGGCCACCUGGGUGGAGCAGCUUUUUCCAUCAGACAAGGAAGCCAGCUUGCUGGUAUUAGAGCUUUGAUACUGUAUGGAGAUUUUUUUCUUAAUUCUAAUUUUUCAAUGACAAUGUCAGCCUGGUCCCACUUUCUCUGCUAAACCCUCACACGCGCGCCAGGGGCUGGUGGCCCUGCUUUGUUUCAUCUUUUAUCUUCAUGUUUCCAGGGUUGUCCCUCGCUUCGUACAGGAGUGUGCGUAUCCAGGGCUCAAGGGCAUGUGUCUUCCACGCACUUUGCAGCAGGGGCUAAAAACAUGCCCUCUUCCGAGUCUGAGGAAAUGUCUGUGGCCUGAGUACCCUGAGACAGACUGGGGGUCAUGGAGGGCAGCUCUGAGAGUGGAAAAUGCCCACUGUCCCCACCACCCUGUGAAGGUCAAACCACCGUUAGAUUUGUGGGUCUGGGAUUGGUUGCUCCUUGGUUAAAAGCCUGAUGACAAAUUUGGGCAUAAUCCACACGUAUUCCUGCCCUUGCCAGAAUUUAAACAGUUGCUUUUUAUGCAACAUGUUGGUUGGGACUUUUCCAUGGUCAAGGCCAAUUAAAAAAAAAGCCUUAAUCCUGGAGAAGGUAUGUACCCUCCCUAUCCCACUGCUGGAAAACAAUUUUUUUAAGCUAUCGAGAGAAAGUAUGGGCGGUUUGGGGUUUCUGGUUGCGUGGUCUGGUGUGAUCAGAAAAGGAGGGUCCCAGACAACAGCACUCUUCUUGCUCCCACCCCCAGAAUUCCCAAGAUAAGAAUUCCCAAUUAUCCAGAUGGACAGUCUCCUUUGACAGAAGGAGCAAGGCCUUUCCUCACACUGAAAAUGACUGUGUUGUGAGCCAGGCAGCUCCCAUUUUUCCAAAUCAAAUGUUCUAGUGGUGGUUAUUGUUUUUCCUGGCCACGGGUCAUCCCUGUCCUCACCUACAGAAGUACCCUUCUGAGAGUUGUAGAAUGCUUCUGGGCGCUUCCUGCACAUGGCCUAGACCAUGGAUUUCUGGAGACCCAGCAGACAGAGCUGUGGCUGAGCCUCUGGGGGCCAGCUCUUGGGGACUUCCUCAGGGGGCUGCUAGUCCAGCAGGCUGGAUGUCCCGUUCAGAGCAAGGGACCUUCUGCCUGUGUCUCCUGGCCAGCAGCUGCCAGCCAGGAGUGGUUGCUGGGGAACACAAAGAGAGCCUUGAUGACCUGGAGCGGAGAGAAGGCUGCCAGAUGGCGGGGGGCCUGUGGGCAGAGGCAGGAGGUGCUAAGAAAAGGGAUAAGCGAGGAGAGAGGCUGGGCACAUCCCAGAUGCCCAAGAGGCAAGCUGGGCACAGUUUCUGCAGGACCAUGGGACUUUCCUGGGGUCCGGCCAUGUCCUACCAAACAGCAGGUAGAUAGAAUCAGGGGGCUCUCGUGUCCAGAAAGAACCCCCUUAAAAAUGACCUAAACUGAGAACUUCUGGGGCUCUCAUAUGUCACUUGAGCCCCCCGCCCCCAGACAUUUCUGGCAUGCUGGGCUGAACACCACCAUCCUUGUUCGUUCUAACAGGCAAAGCAGGAGCAAUGAGUUGAAAAGUUGUAAAUACUAAAUAUAUUUAUCUUACUAUUUAUUUUUUCAAUAACUGUGACCUCCCGCACUGUGAAUGCUCUGUGAUAUGAGAUUCUUAGUUUAAUAAAACUGUCAUUAAAUUUGAAUGAAUUAAUAUUAUUGGUUACUCACUGGCAUGAGUUUAUUUUUAUUGUGAAGAAAAAAUCUAGAGUAAAUAUGAACUAAAUCUUUAUAAGAAAUCUAGCAGUCAGUAUUGUAAUGCAAUAUUAUCCAAAUCUGUAUGCCGUCAAUAAAAUAAAUGAGUACAAGUUGGCUUUCCCUAUAUAGAGCUUCCAUUCAUGUUUUAAUAGACACAUACAAAAUUGCAUUUUUUGGAAGGAUUCUUUCCAUUGGAAUACCAGCCACUUAAAACCAUUUCUAUUGGCA